AGUUUUGAAUCCCCAAAGAUUCUAACGCCCCCCCCCAUUAUUUUUGUCGCUUUCACCGCCACAGAAAAAAAAAGGCGCAUCCAUCAUUCUCUCUCGUUAUAUACCACCCAUCUCUCCGCUCCUUGUGCUAUCAAAAAUAAAUCCGCAACUUCUUUAACAUCUUUUCCAACUAUACAAGCUGAGCUUGACACAUGUCUAUUACUAUUACUAUUUUAGUUUUAUUUUCUUGCUUAUUGCUGUUGUGGCUAUUUCAUUGUCAAAGAUUUUGGUCUGUACAAUUGAUUUCGUCUCUCUCUUUUUUUUCUCCUCUGUUACUGCCACCGAAGCAGCGUUCUUCUUUGUUGUUUUUCAGGUCGAACUUUUUUUCUUUUGAAAUGGCCACCGCGAAGCAAACGGAGAAGGAGGCGUCCUGCGUCGCGGCACUCAUGAGGGAGUUUCCGCCCUCCAUGGUAGACAAGGAGGACGAAGCCUUCCUGAGCGGCAACACCUACUUGCGCUUUGCACGCGCACGCGACUGCAACGUGGCCAAGUCGUCCGAGAUGCUCAAGGCGGCCAUCGCGUGGCGCAAGGAGGCCAAGCCGUACGCGAUCAACAUCAAGGACCUGCAGAAGCAAAUGCAGCAGGCGACGCUGACCUGCGGUGGGCGUGACAAGGAGGGCAACCCGGUCAUGGUGAUGGUGGUCGGCAUGAAGAACGAAUGCACAGUGGAGGAGCGCACCCGGCAAAUCGUCUAUGUGCUGGAAGAGACACAGCGCAAGGGCUACGACCGUCUCACCUGGAUCAUCGACUUUGGAGCGAUGGGCACGCAGCGCGACGAGCUCGCCAAGGAGACGAGGAAGAAGGCGAUGAAGAUUCUGCAGGAUUACUACCCGGAGCGCAUGGCUCUCAGCCUCAUUUACCGCCCUCCGUGGUACAUAAACUGGCUGCUCGGCCUCGCGAAAGCUUUCAUGGACCCGCGCACGGCGGCGAAGGUGCACCGCGGCGGCUCCACCAUCGACGACCUUGAGAAGUUUAUCGAGCGCAGCCAGGUGCCGAAGGUCUGCGGCGGUACCCUGGAGGACUCAACUGCGACGGCGCUGGAGAACUUGCCCUCGAUGACGGCUGAGCAGUCAACGAAAGCACCUGCGAACGGCGAUGGUACCGCGAAGAAGGUAAGUGACGUAAAGAGCGACGACAAGGGCAUAGCAGCUGCUGCUAACUGA